GUGCGCGUGCAUUUGUGCGGGAAUAUGUGUGUGUGAGUGAGUGAGAGAGAGACGGUGGCUUCCACCAGAGUCUUCAGAGAGCUCCGGAGAGAGCAGCGUGGAGUGGAUGUAGCAGUUUUUACGCACCGGCUCGGUUUUGCUUUCAACGCUGCUACUUCAUCUGAUCCACCCUGAUGGCUUAGCUCUCAAUUUUCGAUCCUGUUAAACAUCGGGUCUGCUCUAACACAUUGGACUGCCUGGGAUUUCCGCUGACUUAUCUGUCGAUUGUCAGGCGGUUUUCGCGGUUGGUGGGGGGCGUGGGGGGAGUGGGGGGGGGGACCUACCCUGGAUUGGUCUGAGACGUUACAGACGGGGCGACAUAAGCGCAGGAAAACUUCUAAGACUCAGGAUGGAUGUACCUGUCAUCGUUUUGCUCAUCCACCUGACCCAUACUGAGAUUAGAGCACUGGUGACCAGUAGCAGGGUGGAAGUAGAGGCUAGAUGCCCACUUGGCCAGUUUCCAUGUGGGAACAUGAGUGAGUGCCUUCCCCAGGCUUUGCAGUGUAAUGGACACAAGGACUGUCCCAACGGAGCUGACGAGAGGCGCUGCGGGGACAACAUUGGAUGGGCGGACUUGUUUGGUCGAAUUCUACAGAAUGCCAGUCCUGUGGACCAGUACUUCCUGGAUGAGUGUUUUUUGCAGGAGUAUCCGGAGAGCUGUGACUGCAUACAGACAGAUGUCGAGUGUGUGGAGGUCAACCUACACGAUGUCCCUCCACUCUCUCCAAAUGUUACCUGGCUGUCACUGAGGAGCAAUGAGAUUCGAGUGUUGUCUGAUUUUGUUUUUUCAGAAUACUCCGCACUACAGAGACUGUUUCUGCAGAACAACAGCCUCCAGUUCAUAUCCACUCAUGCCUUCAGCGGCCUGCACAAUCUGAAGAGGUUGUUCCUCAGUGAGAACUUGAUAUCGUCCCUCAGUCCUGGUGUCUUCAGGGAUCUCCGUCAGUUAGAGUGGCUGAUGUUGGAUCAUAACCCACUAAGCAGCUUGACCCAGGACACGUUCAUAGGGCUCCAGUCUCUCAUGUACCUAUCCAUGGUGGACACCUCCCUGCAGCAGCUUCCUCACCCCAGCUUCUGUCAACAUAUGCCUGCCUUGGACUGGCUGGAUCUCGAGGGAAACCAGAUUCAAACUCUCAACUACUCCAUCUUGAAGACCUGCAGCAAGCUCGAAGUUCUAUUGUUGAUGGACAACAGGAUACGCAGGGUUCCCGAAAACACCUUCCAGUCUCUGUGGAAACUGGCUGAACUGGAUCUGUCCCGCAACAGGAUCAAGGAACUGCCAAAAAACACCUUUAAAAGCCUUUCCAAGUCUCUCCUUAAACUAAAUGUCUCCCACAAUCCCCUUCUCCAGAUUUACCCCAGCCACUUCAACCACCUGGCACAUCUUCAGUCUCUGGCUCUGGAAGGGAUAGAGAUCCCAGAUAUUCAGACUAAGAUGUUUCUGCCUAUGAAGAAUCUGUCCCACAUAUACUUUAAGAAGUUCCAGUACUGCUCUUAUGCACCUCAUGUGAGGUCCUGUAAGCCCAACACAGAUGGCAUCUCAUCUUUUGAAGACCUGCUGGCCAACAUAGUGCUGCGGGUGUCUGUCUGGGUCAUGGCCUUCAUUACCUGCUUCGGUAACCUCUUAGUUAUCGGCAUGAGGUCACUGAUACGAGCUGAGAACAAUCUGCAUGCUGCUUGCAUCAAAGUCCUCUGCUGUGCAGACUGCCUCAUGGGUGUGUACCUGUUUUUUGUUGGAGUGUUUGAUGUAAAAUUCCGCGGCCAGUACAACCGUAACGCCCUGCUCUGGAUGGAGAGUGUGGAGUGUCGCACCAUUGGAUUCCUGGCCAUGCUCUCCUCGGAGGUGUCUGUUCUCCUCCUAACCUACCUGACUCUGGAAAAGUUCCUGGUUAUCGUCUUCCCCUUCAGCAAUCUGCGCCCAGGCAAACUUCAGACCGGGGUGGUCCUGGGCUCUGUCUGGCUACUGGGGUUCAUUAUUGCUGCUGUGCCUCUAAUGAACGAGGAUGUGUUUGGAAACUAUUAUGGACGUAAUGGAGUCUGCUUCCCCCUGCACUCUGACAGGCAAGAAAAACCUACUGCCAAAGGAUAUUCCACAGGGAUUUUUCUGGGCCUGAACCUGGUGGCAUUCCUGGUGAUCGUCUUCUCCUACUCCAGCAUGUUCUACUCCAUCUAUAAAACUGGCAUCAAUGCAACAGACUUGAGGAGCAGACUGCACAGAGAUGUGGCUGUGGCCAACAGGUUCUUCUUCAUAGUGUUCUCUGAUGCCCUCUGCUGGAUUCCUAUAUUUCUGGUGAAGAUUCUCUCACUCUUGGAGGUGGAGAUACCUGGGACCAUCUCCAGCUGGGUAGUCAUCUUCAUCCUUCCCAUCAACAGCGCCUUGAACCCCAUCCUCUACACCUUGACCACCAGCUUCUUCAGAGAGCAGGUGGAGCUCUUACUGUGUCGUUGGCAAAGGAGACACAUCUUGAAAAAAGACCGCAAAAGCCUCACUUCCUCCACAAUCUUCAUGGAGAUGUCACGGGCUCCUUGCUACCAGCAGCCAGCCUACCUCCAGCAGGUGUCACUAACUGGCGCAGACCCUCGCUAUGCCUGAGGGAGAAGGGAACUUUUACUGGUGUUUUAUAAACUACGGGUUGAGGGCCUGUAACUGUAAUCCUGAGGCUCCUAAUUGAAUGUUGCACUAGUGCUGAGUUUAGCUUCCAAGAGGAAUAAGAUUAACAAUCACUGAGCUGUCUCAUCAUGCUCUGACAUGCUCCACAUUUGUAAAAAUGACAACAAUUAGAUGCUUUUGUCCAAAGGAUUUUUUCCUUUUUUCCUCCCUUUUAUACACACAGGGAGGACUUUAGGGGUCAGUGUCUUGCUGCUCUAAGGCACUUUGACAUGCAGAUUAGAGGAGCCAAAGGUUAAACCACCAAUCUUAAAGUUAGUGGGUUGACGCUUUGUGCCACUGUGCAACAGUUACUCCCAUGCUUGCAUGCUUAUAUGGCCAUGCAUUUGUAUGUCCAUGCAAGUAGGAAAAUAUUAAUAACAAAGAAGAGGAGAUGGAUGAAAGAAUGAAUACCAGCAUAUACUGUACAUCUCCUGAGGAUGUGCACAAUGGACUUAAAAUGUCUUAAGCAAGAGAUGCGCUUGUAAUACUUUUAUAUCAUCAGUUUUUACUUUAGGUACUCCUUGGUCAGAUUAGAGGGAGUUGGGAGCAGAGCAGCUAAAUGUUUCUGUUAUAUCACAGACACAGAUUUUUUUUUUUUAAUAGAGUGACAGAAGGAUGAAGCUCACUGAGCCGCGGAUGUGAAGCUCAUCAGAGCUGAGAAAUGGGUUUAACAAAAACAAAGAAAGAGUCUUGGACUGCAGAAAAUGUAACAAAAAAUGAAAAUAAAAAUCAUCAGCUUCAUUAUAAUGUGCGCAAAAACUAAUACGUAUUUUAAAAUGUGAAAAUGCAAAGCCAACUUUACAUGUCAUUGACACAAUUCAAAUUCCAAAUAAUAACACAAUUAAAGGUUGAUAUGUAUUCUGCUAUCCAAACAGUCCAUUACAUUUACCACGCUCUCUGUUUUUACUUUUUUUACUUACCUGUCUGGUAAUUUCUCUCGUUCCAUCAGUUGUUGAGUUUAUAGGCCUGAUCAGCUUUUCUGGCUAGAUUUGAUUCAGAACACCCCUUUUCUAGAGCUGCCUCUGUAGAAAUGAAGCUGUAAAAGAAAGUAGUGCAUUUGCAGUGGUUGAUGUCCUCAAUUGUUUUAUAUUAUUUCAUUCAUGAUACAAAUCUAAUUAGGAAAUGUUUAAUGGUACAUUAAAUGAAAUAAAACUGUGGCAUCACUAAAAAUAAUAUCAUAUUUUAAGUAAUUUAUCCAUUAACUUUCUGACAGGUUUGUAUUGGAGGGGAGGAGAACAUUAAAAUUUCCCAAACAGCAUCAUUGUAUACCAUAUCGUGUUCAAAAUCACCAUGUAAACUGGGAUUUUGCAUUUGAAUUAUGUCAAAACACAAAAAUGACAUCUAAUUUAAACUGUGAAAGUUAAUAAAUCAUGUAAUUAUGUGUACAAGACAUUUAAAUUAUAAGAGAAACCAGAGAAAAACAUGAGCGAAAGAAACUCAAGUCUUGACAGUCACUGAAGGUUUAUGUGCAUUAAUUUAUAUGUAGCAGUAGCAGCUAUCUUCCUCUUCUCCACUGGCUUUAAGCUGAUACCCAUUUUUGUCAUAUUCUCUUCAUUAUUCUGAUAUAAUGGGCAUAAUCUGUAUUUUUCAUCACUAGUUUGUUUCAUUCUAUUUUGUAUACACCAUCUACCUGUACAUAAUUGCUAAUUAUGAACCUGAGCCAAUAUGCUGCAACAUUUUGAUACUGUUAAAUCAUACUUUUUUUGUUCAGACCUCCUGAGUUUGUGACUGGAUUAAAAUAUCUGGUUGAAUUACAUUUAAUUCUCUGAUCCAAACAUGAGGAAUUUGCUCAGUUUUGUUGUCAUGUGCUUUUCAUACAUCACCUGGACUGUUCAACUUUGGUCCAUGUUUCUAUUUAUACUUUUUUUAAAAUACUUGUGCAAAUAAUAAGGUGUGGUUUUGUUUUAGCUGCCUUUUAACAGUUUAGCUUUAAUUCAAUGACAAUUAUCAACAACCAGAUAAUGGUGAAUGAUGAACAAAAUGAGUUACACAGAUGAAGAGAAGGUUUAAUGAUUGUACAAAUUUCUGCAAAGGACUAUCAUUUCCUAUUAUGCUGUGCAGGUGUGCAUAUGUUUAUUUUUUUGUUGUAUGGUAUUUGGUGCAGGGGACUGUCUUGUCAGUGUAUAUAUUUGUGUUUGUUGGUGUCAGGUUGAUGAAUUAUGUGUUUAUGGGUUUCUCCACAGAGAUGGCUCUUUGUCUGAAAUAAUAAAAAAGACGAGAACAAACCUAAA